AUGGUCCGGUCCAUGCUCUCCGCCGUGCCGGAGAAGCCGCAGGGGCUAUACGACCCUUCGCCAGAGAAGCCGCAAGGACCUUUAGUAGCAUCGAAAAUGAAGGAAGAAGAAGGCAGACUUCGCCAUUUUCAAUCCAACCCACCUCUCAAUUCUCCAUCCCAACCCAGCGUUGCGAUUUUCUGGGACUUAGAAACCAGACCCCCAAAAUCAGUCUCGCCGUUCGAGGCCGCCGGCAGGCUCAAGACGGCGGCUUCGUCGUUCGGGCUGGUCAGGCACAUGAUCGCAUACGCUCCCCGCCACGCGUGCAACUCUGUUCCUCAAGUUGUGGGGAAGAUAAGGAAAGAGAGGAACAGAGUUGUGAUUAGAGACGAAGCCAACAUUUGCAGGGUUUGUGGGAGGAGGUUUUAUACUAAAGAGAAGCUUGUGAAUCACUUUAGGGUUCAUGAAAGUGAGCACAUGAAAAGGCUGAGUCAAAUCGAGUCGGCGAGUGGGAGUAGGAGGGUGAAGCUGGUGGGGAAGUAUGCAAUGAAGAUGGAGAAGUAUAGGAAUGCAGUUAGGGAUGUGAUGAUUCCGAAGCAAGGGAAUGGUUUGGUGAGUGAGUUGAAGCGAGCUGGGUUUUGGGUGAGGAGUUUGCCUGAUAAGCCUCGGGCUGGUUUUGUUGUGGUGAGUGAUGACAUUGUGGAGAUGAUGGAUGAGAGGAGGUUUGAGUGUUUGGUGCUUGUUUCGGAUGAUUCGGAGUUUGUGGAUGUUGUGAUGGAGGCGAGGAGGAGGUGUGUGAAGACUGUUGUUGUGGGGGAUUUAGGAGAUGGGGGUUUGAAGAGGGCUGCUGAUUCGGGGUUUUUGUGGAGGGAGAUUUUGUUGGGGAAGGCUAAGAAGGAGGCGGUUUCGGUUGUGAGGAAGUGGAAAGACAGUGAUAUUUUGAAGAGGUUGGAGUGGAGGUACAAGCCAGAUGAGGAUAGGAGGGUGCAUAGAUUGGAUGAUGGAGGUGAUGGUGGGAGUGAGGAUGAGGAAUUUGAGAGUUUUGUUGGUGGGAUGAAUGAGAGUUGUUUGCGAAAUGAUGAUUCGAGAAAAUGGUGGGAGCUUGAUUCUGAUGCUGAUGCGGUUUCAUAA